AGGAGACGUGAAACCACAGAGCGACGGCAGGAGGACGGAGGAGACGUGAAACCACAGAGCGACGGCAGGAGGACGGAGGAGACAGACAAACUGAAGUCUUGAUGCUCUUGAAUGAUUCACAAAUGUUUGAACAUGAGACAGAGGUGAAUGUGUUGCUUGUCUCUUCUAGAGCUCCACUUGAGGUGUGGACAGACAGCCGCUCUGUAUCCACACCACAUGGGCGCAGAACCCUCUGGACAGAUUCCCACGCGAUCCUGGAUCUGAAUCAAACCCCUGUAGCCUCAGAGCAUCCUGACCCCCCCCCCCCCCCCCCCGUGGUUAUGAACGUGUUAAAGAAGAAUGAAUCAGCUGCUGAUCUGUGAUGAGGAACACAUCCACUGUCUUCAUCACAGGUCAAACCAGAGGUCAAAGGUCAGAGCCAAUCAAAACACUUGACGCGUGGGACUCAUUAAUAAAACCAUGUUCCCUGAAACACUCAGGACCUUCAGGAUGUGGUCGGUUGUCCUGUGAGUGUCUGUCGGUUCCUCGCGGUCAGUUUCCUGUCGGUUUAAAUAGCAGCUUUUUGAAAAGGGGCUUCGGUCUGUGACUGGCUGACAGGGUUAGCUUAGCGGCUAACGAAGCUAACGUCAGCUCCCGGUGGGACCGCGCGUGGAAAACACGUUAAACCUGUCGCUGCCUCUGCGUCGGUUUCCUGUGUGGACGCGAUGAAGCGUGUUUCUGUACCUGGAUCUGCGGCGGACGACAUCACAGCUGAGGUUCGAUGCUGAUGCAACAAUAACGUGUCCGGAAGAAGAAGAAGAGGAGGGUGUUACAUGCUAACAGCAGGAACCGGAACCAAUGCGUUCCAUCAACACAGCUGGGGGGACGCAAAUGACCGGCGGACCGUGUAGCCCGGAAGUGUGUGAUUUGUGUUUUGAACGAGCAGCGGAACGUGAGACUCGACAGCAGCUGAGUUCAAGUGGGAUUCGAACGUUUCUGGGGAAAUGUCGCACUUUAAAGAUCACGUGGACAAACUGACCCGCGUCUACCAGCGUUACACCGAGUACGUGAGGAGGAACCCGGCCGCCACGGCCCAGCUGGAGUCCACCGUGAGGACCAUGUCCUACCUGAUCGCAGGGCGAUUUGCUGAUUCCCAUGAAAUCUCUGAACUGGUUUACUCGGCCUCCAACCUCCUGGUUCUGUUCAACGACAGCAUUCUGCGUAAAGAGCUGAGAUGUUCCCUCCCUGCGACUCUGUCUCAGCAGAGACUCCAGACCUGGCUCUCGGUGCUGGAGUCCGUGGAGGUCUUCCUGGAGAUGGGAGCCGGCAAGCUGUGGGGGGAGGUCGGCCGCUGGCUGGUGAUCGCACUCGUCCAGAUUUUUAAGACAAUCUUUCGCUUCGUUCUUCUUCUGUGGUACAAAUCCGGGAUCCAGACUUCCCCCCCCAUAAUCCCCCUGGACAGAGGGGCGGAGCCUGGCAGUGAAGACGAGGACGGCGAGCUGGAAGAUGCAACCUGCUUCGUGGGUCAGAGGUCAGGACGAGUCAUCAGGCCGCUGGGCACCGGUCCGUCCCUGCAGGCCCGGCUGUGGGGAGCAGCGAGUCAGAAGAAGAGCAGCGGCAGCUUGAAGGAGAAGCUCCAGAGCAAACCCACCCAGCUCCGGCUCCAGCAGAGCAUCGCGGAGACGGUGUACAUCGGUCGGCCGCUCGUCCACCUGCUCUGCCUCGGACUCUGUGGGAAACAGUCCUGGAAGCCGUGGAUCGUCUCCGCUGUCCUGGAACUCUCCAGCUUCGCCGUCCUGAACGAGAGCAGAUUUGAGAAUCGCUGGGAGCGAGCGGAGAUGAGGAGGAGAACGUUCCUCCUGCUCUACUACCUCCUGCGCUCACCUUUCUAUGACAAGUUCUCUGAAGAAAAGAUUCUCUUCCUGCUCCGGGUCCUCGCGGAUCACGUCCCGGGAAUCGGGCUUAUUGCACGUCCUCUGAUGGACUAUCUCCCCACCUGGCAGAAGAUCUACUUCUACAACUGGGGAUAAACCGGACUGGGUUCAGGAUCUUGUGAUUUCUUUGGAGAUGUUCUGGGGCAGCCGUGAUAAAGGACGUUGGGGGUCGUCACUCCAGGUUCAGCCACAGAUUCCUGCUGUAAUUCCCCAGUAACCAGAGAAAACGCUGUGGAGACGACUUCAACGGCUGCACCUUCUUCUAACGACACUUCCUGUUUCCUGUCAGAGAUGAAACGUGACCUGACGACAUCUCAAAGAAUCUGAUUCUCUCCGACGCUACAAAGAGGUUCAGCGAACGAGGACAAGAUUUCCUUUAAGACCUGAAUAACUGAGUUCUUGAUUUACGCACGUCUGUGUGAUGAAGACACAGAUGAAGCUGUUUUUUAUUGUCUUGUUUCAUUAUCUCUAUUCUUGCCUGAAGCGCUGUCAGUGAUUUGUCAGUGGUUCGUUGGCUGAGAGAAAACUUGAGAGCGAGCAGCAACGAGUGAGGAGUUCACCAGCAGAUCAGAAGAAGCCACAGAGUGUCAGGGUCCAACGGAAGAAGACAUGUGAGGAGGGAGAAUCUUCUUCCUUUUGCAUUUCAAGAAUAAAGUAGAACUAAAUCAGAUGAUAUAUAAUCUAAUGAGGUCGUUUGUUCAGACGUUUACUUUCUUAAAUGUUCCAUUUUAAUCUUGAGGUAAAUCUCGACAUGCUCAGAUUUGUUUUGUCUUUGUGUUUGUCCUUUAAAUCCAGAGACAUCAUCCUCUGUUCAUUUGUACGUCUCUGCGUGAGGGACACUCAGUGUCCAGAUUGUCAAACGUCACUGAACUCAAAACCCGUCAGAGACACAAAGUACAACUGCAGGUGAUGCCUCAGACAACACAACAAAGAGGUUCCAGUCAACUUGUGUCAGUCAAUGACUUGAAGGCAGCGGAGGUUUUAAAUCUUUAUUAACAUACUGAAUAAGUUUCUUUUUGUAGCCUACAAAUAAAUAGUUGAAUGUUUUCAA